AUGCCGACAAGAUUGACCAAGACCAGAAAGCACCGUGGGCACGUCAGUGCCGGUCACGGUCGUGUAGGAAAGCACAGAAAACAUCCCGGAGGUCGUGGUAUGGCUGGUGGUCAGCACCACCACAGAACCAACUUGGACAAGUACCAUCCUGGUUACUUCGGUAAGGUCGGUAUGAGGUACUUCCACAAGCAGCAGAACCACUUCUGGAAGCCCGUCAUCAACCUUGACAAGCUGUGGUCCCUCGUCCCCGCCGAGUCUCGCGAGAAGUACCUUAAGGGUACUUCCGGCGCCGCCCCCGUUAUCGACCUCCUCGCCCUCGGAUACUCAAAGAUCCUCGGAAAGGGAAGACUCCCUAACGCUCCCGUCAUCGUCAAGGCCAGAUACGUCUCUGCCCUUGCCGAGAAGAAGAUCAAGGAGGCUGGUGGUGUUGUAGAACUUGUCGGUUAA